UUCUAUUAUAUUUAAUUAAAGAUGUAAAACGUAAAUUCCUAUUUCGUAAAAUAUGACGUAAACAAAAAACAAUCCUAUUAAAAAAUAAAUAGAUAAAUCUUGGGAAUUGGUACUAUGUACCUAUAUAAUAUCAAUAAAAUAUAAACUUUAAACAUACAAAUGUUGACCAAUUAAAAUACAAAUUGAACACAAACUACUUGUUAAACUGUUAUGUAAUCGGCUCGUGGGCGAUGAUGGAGGGAGCCGCUGCGCUUCCAACAAUUACCAUCCAAUGAUCAUAAUAAGUUAAUAUACAAGUACAGCAAGGUGUUAAUUCGCAUUACCAAUUUAUGAUGUAUACAUCCGAUAAGACGGUAGAGAUUUGAUACCGUCUAAAUGGGGUGUUGGAAAUAAAUAUUUAUCUGGAUAUACCUGUGACUUGAACUUGUUGAAAUAUUUUUUAUGAACCACAUUUUUCAGUCAUGUUCAAAUAUUCAUACAUCUAUGCUAUUGUAUUUUUGGACUUAAUCAGCAUUAGCCUCAUCAUACCAGUAUGGGGCACUCACUUACGAUCUUUAGGCGCUAGCCACUUUCAUAUAGCCUUAUUAGGUUCUACAUAUUCGUUUCUACAAUUCCUAUCUGGUACACCAAUUGGUGCACUUAGUGAUCAUUAUGGUCGAAAAAUUGCACUUAUUGUUACAAUCUGCAUUUGUGCUGUAGCUUAUUUCCUUUUAGGCUGUGUGAAAUCAUUCAUAUUAAUAGUAUUGAUUCGUGUUCUUCAAGGAUGUUUGAAACACUCACAACUUUUGUGCAAGACAUUAGUUAAUGACCAAGUACCGGCUGACCAACAGACUACAAUUUAUGGGCGAAUGAAUGGAUUUUCUUCUCUCUCGUUUGUUAUUGGACCAAUUAUUGGUGGUCAUCUAAUGGAAAAAAGUGAAGGAUUUUAUAGCCUGGCAUGUUCUACUGCGAUAAUAUUUCUAAUCAACGCUUUAGUUGUUUAUUUUACGGUUCCCAACACAAAAGUACCAAAAAAAGAAAGAAAAAGUGCAUCACCAUUGAGUGAUUUAAUGGAAGUAAAUUGGAAAGAAUGUUGGCCUGCUUUUUCACUGAAAAUGUUAGGUGCUGCAGCAUUGUUUGCAUAUUUUAGUACAGUAGGUCUUGCUAUGAAUGAAAAAUUUAAUUUAUCCCCUUCAGAAGCUGGUUAUACUGGUGCUUUACAAGGACUUACAGGCGGCAUAACUGGGUUUGCAGCAGGAAAAAUAGAAAACAUAAUAUUUCCAUCCAAAAAUCCAUUUACCAAAUGCUUUUAUUCCUUCAUAAUGUUGGGUUUAGGAUUUGUUGGUUUAGCCUUAGCGCCAAAUUUAAUUAUAUUUAUGGCAGCUAUGGUUCCAAUCAGUGCUUCAAGUACACUAAUAAGAGGAUUUAACAAUGAAAUAAUGUAUGAACAGUCUUCAUCUGAUCAUAAAGGAUUAGUAGCUGGUGCAGGAGCUAGUGCCGCGGCAAUAUCAAGAUUCUUAGCACCAAUUAUAUGUGGAUUUACAAUGGACAUGUUUGGAAAUAACUCUGGAUUCUUGUUAUCUGCAUUGUUUUCCUUCACUGGAGCAGUGUUGUCGUUAUGUCUAACCAAGAAAUCAAAAGCUCAUGUUGAAUAAGUUAAAAGUGUAUAGAAAACGCAAAUACUUUUUAACUAUGGCAAACCAUGAAUAUUUGGUUAGCAUUCAAAGGAUAUUGAUAAAAACAAAGUACUGGUUUUCAAAUUAAAAGAUGCUAUUAGUGUUAGUUAUUAUUAAUUAUUUAUGUAUAUAAAAUUAUUAUUGUUGUCUAUAUUGAAAGUUAUUUAAAACGUGUGAACUAUAAACAAUACUAUUUUUCAUAAAUAUUGAUAAUGUGGGUACCAAAUUGAAAAUGUCAAUUUGUUCAAUUCAAAAGUUGUAUUGUUAUGAAUUAUAUUAUGUAUUAUACAGUUUUUCACAUAAAUUUAUGAAAAGUAUUUUAAAUGAAAAUAAUUAUAAUCUUUAUAUUUUAUAAAUUGUUUAAACUAUUUGUAAUUAUAUAACAAGUAAGAAUGUUUACAGGGGUUAUUUAGAAUUCUAAGUAACAUUAUAAGAUUUAUAUGAGUAUAAUGUAUAUGUUAUAUACAACUAAAAUAAAUUAUUUUAUUACUUAGCUUGAAGAUGACACUUGCCCGUAUAUGUUGUUUUCAUCUUACAAACACGCAACAUGCAAAUUUACAUUCAGUAUAACCAAUCAAGUGUUAAUAGCUUUAAUAUUAGAGUUAUUUAAUUUGGCCUAUUAUCAAAGUUAUAGGUAAGAAACUAAGAACAUUAUUUUUAACUAAGAAUAGGCUAUUUUUAAUAUUUUAAUUUUUAAGCUAGAUAUGAACAUUUUUAACUUAUUAAACUACCUAAAACUUAUUAUGAUAUUUUUUUACAAUACUCAUAUCUUGUUAAAAAAUUUAAAUAUCCAAAAAGCCAAUACUUAAGCACAGAUAAUAUUUUUAUCUUUAACUUGGAUUGUAACUCAAUUCAUAUAUUAAAGCAAUUAAACCUGUUGAAUGCAAAUUUUGUAUUUUGUAUGUAUAUACAACAGACAUACAGCGGGUAUGAGCAGGUUGAGUUGUCUAAAGUCCAUAAAUAUUUAUAUUUUUUUUGUGAUAUGUAUUGAAUGACUCAUUGAUACAAAGUUUGUCAUUUAUAGGUACAUCAUUAAUUCACUAAGUAAAACAUUUGGUAAGUUAUUUGCGCAUCCCAUGUUAUAAGAAUUAAACAGUAGUUAAUUUUAGUCUUAGUGAAUGGGUGAUACAAGCAUAAUAUGUAGUGUGCCAAAAAAAAUUAAUAAUUUUGUAUUUUUUUUUUUAAUGAAUUAACAAAUCUAGUCAAACUUAGAUUAAUCACAUUUUUCUUUAAUUAUUUUCAUAACAAAAUGUAUGUGUAAACAGCCUAUAUAAAGAAGGUCAUUCCUAACAAUAAUGAUGCGCAAACAUCUUAGCAACAAACCUACUCUUUAUGUAGAUUGUAUUAUUUUAUGUAUCAUUAAAAUAAGUAUAUUGUAAAACAAUAAUUGUAUUUAAAAUAUUUGUUUUUUGAAUGUAUUUAUAAAUAUUAUAACAUUUACCUUGAGAAUGAAAA